AUGCGUGGGUUCACCGCAGAGAGUGCGGCUACACAAAAGCAAUAUGAAACCCGUUUUAAGGAACUGGUUUCAGCCGAAAGAUGCCAACAUAAAUUGCGUUAUCUGACGGAGGAGCCUCACCUUGCCGGUACGGAGAAUAGCCGUAAGGUCGCGGAGUACCUUCGGACUGAAUUUGAAAACUACGGUUUGCAGGUUCAGAUGUACGAGUAUCAUGUAUAUCUCCCGUAUCCGCUUGAGGUGCAUGUAGAACUGCUCUCGCCUGUCCAGCAUCUCGCAGUCGGCAAAGAAGCGAGUUGGGAGUGGGACAAGGAUUCUUAUGAAACAGAAAUUGUACAGGCGUAUAACGCCUAUUCGCCCGAUGGGGAUGUAACAGCCGAACUUAUCUACGUCAAUAAAGGGUUACCUGAGGACUACCGAAUUCUCGCUGAACAAGGCAUUUCAGUGGAAGGUAAGAUUUGUAUCGUACGAUAUGGUGGCAGCUAUCGUGGCGUGAAGGCUAAAGUCGCUGGCGAUAACGGGGCAGUCGGUUUGAUUCUGUACUCGGAUCCGGCGGACGAUGGAUACAUGCGUGGAGAUGUCUAUCCUCGUGGUCCGUGGCGUUCAGAUGACGCGAUACAACGCGGCACCGUGAAGUAUAUCUUUCAGCACGCCAGCGAUCCGCUGACACCCGGUUGGGCGGCGACUAAAGAUGCCGAUAGACUCUCAUUUGACGAAACUACAGAUCUUCCCAAAAUUCCUGUUGUGCCUCUGGCGUAUAGAGAUGCCAAACCGUUUCUAAAGGCACUCGCGGGACCGAAUGUUCCGUCCGAGUGGCAAGGCGGCUUACCUUUUGCCUAUCACAUUGGACCCGGACCUGCGAAGGUGCGGAUCAAGGUGCGUUCUGAACACAGCAUCCGCCCAAUCUAUAAUGUUAUUGCGACUUUAGAGGGCACAGAAUAUCCAGAUCAGUGGGUAAUCUUGGGCAACCACCAUGAUGCUUGGGUUUAUGGUGCGGCAGACCCUGGCAGCGGCACAACCUCACUCUUAGAGGUCGCACAAUGCUUGGGUGAGCUUGCGAAAGCGGGGACGCGUCCGAAGCGAACAAUUGUAUUCGCAUCAUGGGACGCUGAAGAAUUCGGUAUCCUCGGUUCAACGGAGUGGGUUGAGGAUUUGAAGACGACGCUUCAGCAGAAAACGAUCGCAUACCUCAAUGUAGACAUAGCAGCAACGGGGGGUCGGUUCUAUGUGAGUGCAACGCCAUCGCUGCGGGAGCUAAUGCGCGAAGUAACCCAAAAUGUGGUUGAUCCGGGGACACUCAAACCGGUUUACAAGAGUUGGAAAAUGGCUCAAGGCAAGGAGAUUCCGCAGAUCGGUAACCUCGGAAGUGGUUCGGAUCAUUCGCCAUUUGUUGGACAUGCGGGUAUCCCUGCUGUCAGCAUGGGGUUCGGGGGUCCUUAUGGGGUUUACCACGCCAUGCAGGAUAACUUCUACUGGAUGGCACACUUCGGUGAUCCGACUUUUCGGUAUCAGGCAACGAUGGCACAAGUCUGGGGCACACUUGCGCUGCAGCUUGCCAAUGCCGAUAUUUUACCCUUCGACUAUGAGACGUAUGCGACAGACCUUAUGACCCCUUUGAAACUGUUGCAAAAUUCUGGCGCGAAAAACAAGAUUGCCAAAGAUAUUGAGAAAUUAGACGGUUUACUCACAGAAUGGCAGCAGGCGGCAGGGAUACUCAAUCGGGAACUUGCACGCUACCUCGCUUCUGACGAUCUAUCUCAGAUUUCGGAGGUAAACCAGCGAUUAUACCAAUUAGAGCGGCGUUUGACGAGUGAGACAGGUUUGCCGUUACGCCCUUGGUUUAAGCAUCUUAUUUAUGCACCGGGUCUCAACACCGGCUACGCGGCGGUCGUUUUCCCUGGCGUGCUUGAUGCGUUGGAGAAUGGUGAUGAUGCCGCGGUGCAUGUGGAAAUUGAUCGGUUGGUUGAGGCGUUCACACGAAUGAUUCAAGGGAUUAAUGAGAUCCGAGGUAUGCUGUAA